AAGCCCCAAGCUCCGCUGUACACUCUUCCUCCAGAUAGCCUGUUGAUUGCCGGGGUAAUGCGCUGAUUCCCUGACAUAUCGAAUGUCAAAGCAAUCAGCUGUUGGAGUUUACAAACUAGCGGUAUUUUAGGAAUCAACACCUCAUGUAUUUGCAUAAACGAUGUGCGAUUUGAUAAAUAAUUAUGACGUAGUGAUACGAAUUGUCUGAAAGUUGCGAUUCGUUGCUUAGCAUUCAGUGUUUUUUAUGCAUGACGGCGGGGUCGGCUGCGGGUGCCUGCGUUUGAUAUCUGAAUUUCUUGAUUUUAACCAUUAUAUUUUCCGGAAAUAUGUUGAAUAUUUUAUUUCGCCAGUCAUGUCGCCGGCUAGCAAAAAAUUCCAUUUGCAACCUGCACACGCUUCCCUCGCAACAUGCCGAGUUAGAGGAGGUUUGCCGAAAAUUUGCUGAUAAGACCAUAAAACCCAUGAGUGCUAAGAUAGAUAAGUUGGCCGAAUACCCUCAAGAUCUUCUUUCAAAAGUAGGAGAAAUGGGGUUAAUGGGCAUCAAUGCUCCUCGGGAGUUUUGUGGUACUGGACUGGAUAUUUAUGGUACAUCGGUUGCUGUGGAAGAACUGGCGAGAGUUUGUGCCUCAACUGGAGCCCUGGUUUCUAUUCACAAUAUUUUAUAUUUGGAUUUUUUAAGCACUUAUGGCAAUAAGUACCACAAGGAGACUUUCCUCCCACCAUAUACGCAAGGCAUUCCUGGAGCGUUUGCUCUUAGUGAAUUCGACGCUGGUUCGGAUGUUGUGAAUAUUUCAACCACUGCCAAGAAGGAUGGCAACAGCUAUAUAAUUAAUGGGACAAAGGCAUGGGUAACCUCUGGUAUAGAGGCUGAAAUGGCAAUAGUAUUUGCUACGUUCGACAGGAGUAAGGGAUAUGGCGGUUUAUCAGCAUUUAUGAUUCCCCUCAACGCUGAUGGUGUCAUUAAAGGAAAGCGCGAACGCAAACUGGGUAUCCGCGCCACAUCGACAUGCACCCUCACAUUCACUGAUGUCCAAAUACCUGAAGUGAACUUGGUAGGAAAUCCAGGAGAAGGCUUCCGCCUAGCAAUGGAACAACUAUCCAAAGCUCGUAUUGGCAUUGCUUCCCAGGCUGUUGGUAUCGCUCAAGGCUGCUUAGAUUUAGCUCUUCAUUACUCCACCGAACGCAGUGCAUUCGGAAAGAAGCUAUUCAACUUCCAAGCAGUACAAUUACGACUAGCAAGGAUGUGCGCGAAAAUCGAAGCAGCCAGGUUGCUCGUCCGUAAGGCAGCCACGCUAUGCGUAAACGGAGAGAAGUUCGCCAAAAAUAGUUCAAUGGCGAAAUUGAUGGCCGCAGAAACUGCAAAUUUCUGUGCUAACGAAUGUGUUCAGAUUUUGGGGGCGAUGGGCUAUGUGGAGGAUAUGCCGGCGGAGAGAUAUUAUCGUGAUGCGAAGAUAACAGAUAUUUAUGGUGGUGUGACGGAUAUACAGUUGAAGGUGAUAGCAGAUCAUUUGCUGAAAGAGAGUGGUCUUAAGAAAUAAGGAGGGGUGAGGAUGUUGUGAUGAAGUGUUGUAAACUAAGCUCAAAAGUUUGAAAAUAUGUACCCUUGUAUUUUUGUAUGAUGCAUUUGAAAAAGAAACAUAAUAAAUCGCUAUUGUUAUCAUG